GUAUGUGCCAUAUUUGGUUGCAGAUCAGAGGGAGAAAGUAAGACAAUUUAUGGAUGGGCUUGAGGGUCAUUAUCGUGCUCCAGUGAUACGCAAUGUGCGUAAUGGGUCCUAUUCUGAGGUAUUUGACACUGCUCUCUGUUCUGAGUCCUAUUAUGAGAUGGAAAAGAUUAAUCAAGAAAAUAAGAGGGGUACUCAUAGACAGGGUCGACACGAUGAUCAGGGUUCUCAAGUAAUAGGUGGACCACUGAGAUUCUUUGCUAUGGCUAGGCAAGACAUAGAGGAAUCUAAUGUAGUAGUCAUAGGUAUUAUCACUAUAAAUUCUCAUGAGGUAUAUUCUCUUAUUGAUCCUGGUUCUACAUACUCGUAUGUGUCUCCAUCUCUUGAUUUAUUCUUAGAAAGGAGGAUUGAAACUCUUGUUGUGCCAUAUAUUAUCAUGACCCCGAUGGGGGAGACCUUAUCAGCGGAUAGAGUUUAUAGGGAUUGUGUGACAUCUGUUCAGGGUAAGGAUACCAAAGUUGAUCUAUUUGUGUUGCCAAUGACCGACUUUGAUGUAAUUAUUGGGAUGGAUUGGAUGGUGUCAUGUUACGCUUUUGUUGAUUGUUAUCCUAAGCUUAUACAUUUUGAUAUUCCUGGAGAAACACCUUUUGCGUGGAAAGGUAUGACUCAUGUGACUCAAGGAAAGGUAAUAGCUUAUGUUAAAGCACGCCAAAUGAUUAAUCAUGGGUGCUUGGGUUUUAUUGCUACUGUUCAUGACACUCGAGUAGAAGAUAUUAUUGAUGACAGUGUUCCCAUUGUUCAAGAAUUUGUUGAUAUAUUUCCUGAUGACUUGCCCGAACUACCCUAG